GGAAGCCCACAUUCCAUCUCACGCCUCGAUCAAUUUGUACCAAUGUGAUAAUGCAUCGUUAUUGAAAUUGAAGCGAAGAAAAAUGUGAACUGCGCGCGGCCCAUAUCGAUUUUCCUACGCUGUACAGGCAAGAUGGUUCCGUCACCAACAGCCAUUCCGAAUACAACUAGAAUAUAAUCGUAGAAUAUAGAGAAAAACGGCUGAUUUUAUUGUGACAAAUUGAAGCAUCAUAUUAAUAGCAGAAAAACUGAUGUUAAGUGAUGGAAGACAGUGGUAUAGAUAGCGGCGAUCACAAUGGUGCAGAACAACAUGUUAAGAGUAAGCCGAUUCAGGAUGGCCACAGAUUUCCAAACAGUGACAGUUCGAGCGCUGAUAGCGGGAGAUCGCCUGGACCUACUUCUAGACAGCUGCAGAAGAGGUUGGAGGCGCGUAUUGAACAUGCCAGAAGAUUACAUCAGGAGUACAGCUCUACCUCUGGACUAAUACCCAUCCAACGACUGACGAUUCCGGGGGCCAAAGAUCAGCAACCCUUAGUCCAAUGGGAUACUGAUGAUAGCGAAGAGGAUAUUGUGAACUUCUUUCCGUUGUCGCGUAAAGAGUCACGUGUACAUCAGGAGCUGACUGAUACCUUCAGCAUCGAAGAGAUGAGCAUAUCAGGAGAUGAUGAGGAAGAGGAGGAUCUACACCUGGUGCCACCGCAGACGGUAUACAAGAAGUUUGCGUGCUGUUCCUUUACCCUUUGUGUUAUCCUUUAAAUUAAACGCACACGAACACAGAUGUAAACAACUGGU